AAAAGAAUUUGUUGUAGUCCUCCAGCGAGGAUUUAAGCGGAGCUGCACCUAGAAAACUGUCCAGCCUACACCACUACCAUCUUUGGGUGGUGCUUUGCAGAAAUUUGGAGCCCCGACAGAUGCUUUCAAUGGAGCUGGAGCUGCAGUGUAAACAUAUGAAGUGCUUCAUGAUACAAAGAACUUUGACAGGUGUCUGCACAUCUAACAGUGCUAAGAUUGGGCAGCACCUUAUGACACCCUUAAAAGGAUCUCAAGGCAUCCUGGUUGAGAAUAACGGUGCUAGAGGAAUGAAAAGAGGAGGUCUCCAAACACGAAUUAUGACAUUCCAUAGCUGCACCAAAGCACUGCUGUGCAUAGGUAUCUGGAGUCUGAUGUCCAGACUCUAUUCUGAACCUGCGAUGCCUCUGAAACUCUGGAACUGUUUGCCAGUUGGAGCCCAGGAAAUAAAAUGCCUGUGUCAUAUGCAUGGAUUCUAUGAAAGUGGAAGCAACUCCCUGGCCCUACAGCGUCACUACCAGCCAUCAUGGACUCAAGUGGAACCUGUACCAUAAGUUAUUAAAUUGCACUGGUAGGAGCAGGAGUCUCCUUAAUUGAUGCUGCAAAUAUAGAAGUUCUUGCUAAUAAACUGUCAUAUGCCACUGAAAAUAUGGGGAAAAUGGGAAGUCCAUUAACUGCAUCUUUAAAAAUGUUAAGCGAAGAACAGCAGUUAAUAAGUAAGGUAUUUCCUGGGUGGGAAAAACUCAUAGAAGGGGAUGAAAAGUUAAUGAUGUCUGGUGUACAGUCCCUCCAAAAUAAUGUAUCAUUGGCUUUAGCGUGUGAGCAAGCUCAGGCUCUCACCCAAAAUGUCAUCAUGGGAAUGAUUCGGCAAGCCAUGAUGGGACAAAUUCCCAUGGAAGCAAUCAACCUAAUUCGGCCCCAUGUAACGGAGGAAGAAUUAGCCCUCCAGCCCUGGUGGAGAUCAGUUAAUGCUUCAUACAAUCACCACCAGCAAAACUUGCAGUUAUUCCUUAUAACUGUGGCAGGCAAGGAAAUUAGAACAAUCCACCCAGUAGUCCCACUGGGAUUACAAAUUGAUGACAGCUCAGUGAUGUACUCCAGGGAUCAUAACACUUGGGCCUGGCAGAAAGAUAGUGCAUGGAAAACAGUAAAUGUAAAAGGGUGUAGAAGAAAAGAAGGUUUAGGUUACAUCUGUGAAGACCAAGCAUUGGAGGAGCAUGAUGAAUGUUUUUUUCCACAACCUGGGAACAAGUCUCACUGUUCCUUCGAUGUUAUCCAAGAAAGGGAAUCUGCUAUUGUUUAUGUGGGUAAAGCAUGUGUGUGCAUGAGAACAAGAUGUGAUAUUGUAUUAAUUAAUGGAUAUUGGAUUCAACCUAUGGUGCCUUAUAUUAAUCGCUGUUUCUGUAAUGUAACCACUAUUGUUACUUGUGAUCUUAAGUUUACUGUACCUAUAUGGACCAUACAACAUUUGAAUGCCUACCCUGAGCUCUACAAAAAGGUGUUCCCCAUUUUACUAGGAAUGGGUCUCAUCACCAUUAAGGAACUAUUAACUCAUCCCUCCUUACAAGCUGAACUGCAAAGACUCAAAGCUUUGGGAGAGAAUGGCAAACUUGAGAUUCAACACCACAAUCAAGAAAUAUCUAAGCUAGCAGCUACAGUUAAAAACGCAGGCCAUCACUCCUGGUGGGAGGUUUUGUUUGGGUGGAGCCCCAAUGCAACAGGUCUUUUAAAUGUCAUGCUUCACCCCAUUGUAGUGAUCAUUAGUUUUCAAAUUAUACUAGUAAUUAGUCUGAUGCUACUAGUUUGCUGGAUCCAGAGACUGAUGCGACGAUUGCAAUGGAUAGAAGGCCAGAACCAGUACCAUGGAGCAAGAAUGUGAUGGGGAUACUCGCUCAACGCAAGCACCCCAUCAACGGGGGGAAUUGUUACACCUCAGCUCUGUAUUCUUGGGCAACCCUGGCACAGGAUGCAGUCUGUCUGACUCACAAAGGACUCACCCCACUCCCUCCCCUCCUCUACAUAAACGAAACUGAUUAAGAUGCAGUGAGAGACGCACCUAAAACUCUCCAGAUAAGGGUGAUAAGAGUGAAACAACUGCCCUAGGUCUCAUUUGCA